AUGACUGCUCCCAAUACCCCAAUCUCCAGAUCCAUCACAAAAUCCAUCCUCUCCAGGGAACAAUCCGAGGGAGUCGGCGCCCGUGUCCGUCGAUCCAUCGGACGUCCCGAACUCCGUAACCACGACCCUUUCCUCAUGCUCGACGAGUUCUCCCACGAGGAUUUUGCAGGACACAAGGGAACCAUUGGACCUGGCGACUUGCAGUGGAUGACUGCUGGUCGUGGCAUUGUUCACUCGGAGAUGCCGGUCAAGUCUCAGACCCGUGCUCAUGGACUUCAGCUCUGGAUCAACUUGCCCAAGGAACACAAGAUGUGUGAGCCACAGUACCAGGAACUCCUCGACGGUCAGAUCCCACGUGCUACUCCCAAGGACGGUGUUGUCGUCAAGGUCAUUGCAGGCGAGUCUCAUGGAGUCAAGUCUCAAGUCUACACCCGCACAUCAACCAUGUACCUCGACUUCAAUAUGGACAAGAACAAGACCAUCACUCAGACCAUCCCCUCGACCUACACCGGAUUCCUUUCCAUGCUCAAGGGUACGGCAUUCAUCGGCGACAAGGAGUUUGAGGGCAAGGCCCACCACACUCUCACACUCUCGGAGGACGGUGCCAGGACAGUCAAGAUCCAGACCAAGGAUGAUGACGCACACUUUGUGUUCAUUGCCGGCGAGCCGUUGAAGGAUCCCAUUGUUCAGCACUGCCCUUUUGUCAUGAACUCGUCUGAGGAGAUUUUUGACACCUUUGUUGACUACCAGAACAACAAGAACGGGUUCGAGCGCGCCCGCAACUGGCGUUCUACCAUUGCUUAG